UUGUUGUUUUGCCGCAGGGUCAGUGAAUAAAUCCGCUUUUCUUUUCUUUAAUUUUCUGCACUAAAUUGCAGAAAGAGCUCUAAAGAAAAAAACAGGCGCCCGAGGGAACGGCUCCGCGACGACUGAAAUGAAAGGCAAAGAGCGGUCGCCGAUUAAAAAGCGCUCGCGGGCCUUGGACGAUAUUCGAGACAGGGGAGGAUGCCACCCGACCAGCAAGAAAAUGGGGGCUCUCUCCGUUUCCAGUGGGAGUAAUAAUGGGAACAGCUCGACCAAAGGCGACGGCGGCUCCACGCGAAGGAGCCUCCUCGGCGAGAAGAGGGACCGGGACUUCGACAGCCACAGCCGGACUGGGAAUAAUCACAGUUGUCAGUCUGCGGCCACCAGCUCCGUGGGUAAAAACCACAGCCUGAGCCUGACGCUGGAUUUAGCCUCGGCGAGGACCACGUCGCGGGGGGAGCAGCGGGUCCAGCCGCCGAGCACCGAGAGUGAGUACAAGACGCUGAAAAUAAGCGACCUCGGCACCCAGCUGAGCGACGAGGACAUAGAGGACGGACUCUUUCACGAGUUUAAGAAAUUCGGGGACGUGAGCGUCAAGAUCAGCCGCAGCAACGACGAGCGGAUCGCGUUCGUGAAUUUCCGGAAGCCGGAGGACGCCCGGGCCGCGAAGCACGCCAGGGGCCGGCUGGUGCUGUACGACCGGCCGCUGAAGAUCGAGGCGGUGUACAUCAACAGGAGGAGAAGCCGUUCCCCCGUGGAGAGAGACUUGUACGGUGCCACGCAGAGCCACAGACACUUGCAGAGACCCCUCUCGCCCACGGGGCUCGGCUACAGGGACUACCGGCUGCAGCAGCUGGCCCUAGGACGGCUCCCCCCGCCUCCACCGCCCCCUUUGCCCAGAGAUCUGGAGCGCGACAGGGAGUUCGCCCUGUUUGAAGCCAGGGCGCGUCCAGCUUUCAUUGCGGAGCGAGCAGCUUUUCGUGAGGAGGAUUUUAUCUCCCCCGAGGACGACCAAAGAGCCAACAGGACGUUGUUUUUAGGCAACCUGGACAUAACGGUGACAGAGGCCGACCUGAGGAGAGCCUUUGACAGGUUCGGGGUGAUCACAGAGGUGGACAUUAAGAGACCCACACGGGGACAAACCAGCACGUAUGGAUUUCUGAAAUUUGAGAACCUUGACAUGGCUCACCGUGCUAAGCUCAGUAUGUCUGGGAAAAUUGUUGGCCGCAACCCCAUAAAAAUAGGCUAUGGGAAAGCAACUCCCACCACCCGCCUGUGGGUGGGUGGGCUUGGACCCUGGGUUCCCCUAGCUGCUCUUGCAAGGGAGUUUGAUCGCUUUGGCACUAUAAGGACCAUUGACUACAGGAAGGGGGACACCUGGGCCUACAUUCAGUAUGAAAGUUUGGACGCUGCACAGGCGGCAUGCACACACAUGAGGGGCUUCCCAUUGGGAGGUCCCGAGAGAAGACUGAGAGUGGACUUUGCUGACACUGAACAUCGCUACCAGCAGCAGUUCCUGCAGCCGCUCCCUAUACCACCUUUUGACAUGGUGGCCGAGUCAUUUGUCCACCGUGCCACACCUGAACCACUGAGGGUCAGGGAACGGACUCCACCGCCGCUUCACUUUAGGGAGAGAGAACUAUUUCCUGGAGCUGAGUGGCCCAACCCAGCUAUGCGUGAACGAGUACGCGCCUCACCCUUCGAGCCUCUGGAUCACUUGGAGCGUGAGCGGCGGGCACGGGAGCCCUGGUCUCUGGAACGAGAGCUGCAGGGACGGGAACCUGUUCGCAAACGGCGUCUAAUGGAGGAUGGCCGUCACAUAGACCACUCCCCUGACAUCACUGAUAGGACAGUAAGGCGAAGGCGUGCUUCUCCAGAUGGCAGUCCUGGAGGUAGCAGCAGAGAUGGAGGCCGCUUCAGUGACUCAGAGCGCCCUGUGCGGGGUGAAAGACCCUCCCCAAUACGAGAACGCCACACCAGCCUGGAGAGAGGUGGUGCUGAACGGAGACUAAAAAACCAGAGUCUCUCAGACAAGGCACCUUUAAGCAGCAGUGUUUCAGCAGUUGGAGAGCGAAAGCGCAAAGCAGGUGAAGGUGGUAAAGGACCAGCCAAGAGAGAACGAUCUGAGACCAGUUCCAAGGGCCAGCUGUCCAAGUCGGACGGCACCAGACUCAGUUUGGCCUGGCAAGGCAUGCUGCUGCUGAAGAACAGCAACUUUCCAGCCAACAUGCACCUGCUGGAGGGCGACCACAAUGUAGCCAGUGACCUGCUCGCUGACGGCACAGUGGGGCGGCAGGUGAGCGAGCUAAAGAUCACCCAGCGUCUCCGCCUGGACCAGCCCAAGCUCGACGAGGUGUCCCGACGCAUCAAGGUGGCCGGCCCCGAUGGCUACGCCAUUCUGCUGGCAGUUCCCGGCACCACAGAGGAUCCAUCUUCGUCCGACCCCGCGGUCUCAACCCAGCGGCCGCUUCGGAACCUGGUAUCCUACCUCAACCAAAAACAAGCAGCAGGAGUCAUCAGCCUGCCCGUGGGAGGGAGCAGAGAUAAAGACAACACAGGGGUCCUUCAUGCUUUCCCUCCCUGUGAAUUCUCUCAGCAGUUCCUGGAUUCCUCUGCUAAAGCUCUGGCUAAAAGUGAAGAGGACUAUCUGGUCAUGAUUGUUGUGCGUGGAGCAUCUUAAAAAUCCGAACACACUAAGUUCAAGUCAUGUAAAAAAAAAAAAAAGAUCUGCUGUAUUUCAGUAACUAUUGCAUGCUGUGUGUUCUGCAUUAUGGGGUGCACUAGUAUGGUUCUUGAGUGUUUGUAUGUAGCCAUGUAAUCCACUUAAAAGGACAAACUGUGCCCUUCAAAACUAAGAAGUUGUUUUUGAAAUUAUUUUUAAAAGGGUGUAUGAAAGAAUUGCUCACUAAUUCAGAAACCAUUCAGUCAGAAUACUGUAAAACACAAGGAGCAUUUGACCAGUCAAUUUCGAUGUAAUUUAACAAGACUCAGAUUAUAAAGAAAACUUGGUUGAUUUGCAAGUUUAAUAUCUCAGCUUUCCAGAUAUAUCCUGAGAAAAUGUUCGAUCAAUAAGAAAUAGAAGGAGUGGACACAAUAACACCUCUACGACAGUUAAACCACAAAUGAUGAAUUGAGUUGAAUCCAGUGUUAAAAAAAGCUACCAAUGACAAGCUUAACAAAGUACUUGGACUACUAUAAGCAUAUAGGUGUUGCUCUGUAUACCUCCUAAACAGGUACUUACACAAGGGGUAAUUGGAAGAUAUUAUUUCAAAGCUAUUUCUACUACAUUAAUGUUUUGAUUGAUGGAUACAAAGGUGAGCAUGACAAUUUUGAAAUCAGGGUUUUCAUUGAAGGUUUAAUUAAUUAUUUUGUACUGAAGCUACGAAGAAACGAUCCUGUUAACAUUUUGUUGGUUAAAACAUGUUGCACAGCUCUUCUUCAGUGCACCACGCUCCACAGACUUAAGGUUUCUGGCUGUCAUGUCUUCAUCAGAUAACCAUUGUGAUGAAGGCAUGACAGCUUGAAAAUAUGGUAAAAGGACAGUGGUGUGCAGAAGAAGUGUAGUGCUUUUUGUUUCAAAUUCCAAUGGGCCUGAAUUGAAGCUCACUCGGUCCCUGUGUUUUCAAAGAAAAGAAAAAUAUUCUGAAGCACACCAGAUGCAUUUCAGUUACCUACAUUGUUAUGUGUUUGAAAAAAAAAAUUGUCAAAGUUCAUUGUUUUGGAUCCGAGUGUAUUUUAUUGUGUUCCUCAAUACUGGAACAUCAAAUUGCAAGAUAGACAAUGAAGUCGGUGUGUGUCCCGUCCACGGGUAAAACCAAAUCAUCUUGUCAACUCUGUGGAAUGCUGAAUACUAACAGAUGUGAGUUUGGACCAGGGAACAGCCUGUAAUUCAAUACGCAUAGCAUAGUAAAGCAAAUACUAACAUUUUUCUCAUUUUCUACUUAAUAUUUUAUUUUAUGCAUCCCUACCUUAGGAAUGGUUGUGUAAUGUUAUCUAUGGAUAAAAACUACAGUAGUACUGGAUAAAAAGCUUAGAGAAGUUUGUGUUGAUAUUUGACAGUCUGUUUCACUUUUUGCUCUGAAACCAGUAAGUUCUCCAAGAAUAAUAAUAAUCAAUAUAAUGAAAUUGUUGGUUACAAGUAACAAAUACCUGCCAUUUUGUCAGUAAGAUGGUUUGUGUCAUUUUAAAGUUUUUGCAGUAACAUGACAGUUAACAUUGGAAUUUGAAUUUUAGAGGUCUAAAUUUAUAUAUUUUACUCAUGACUGCUAACAUGUUCCAAAGGCAUGCUUCUCGUAUUUUCUUUUGCCAUUGUAUGUUUAGCCUGCAAUAGUAAUCCACUCUGAUUUAUAAUUUGCUGAGUUUGGUUUAACAUGUAUUGAAAACAUUGAUGUGUGGGAAAGUUGUUGUGUGUCAACGUCACACCCACUGCGACGCUGGACUCCAGAGGAGACGAGUGCAGCGCUGAAAGCCUCUGCAGAGAAGGCCACAUUGUGUUUGUGAGUCCUCGCUGAUGAGGCAGCUUUUAAGUUGUGUAGCCCAUCUGCCCCUGUGAUGACUUCUGUUAAAAAUGGAAAAAUUGAGCAGUGUACACUUUGAUGUCAUGGGAAAGGAAAAUCCAUAGAGCCCACGCGAAGCUGUUCACAUACCUGAAAAGUGCGGUUGGGCACUCAAUGUGACCGAUUAUCAAUAAAUUGUUCAUUUGAAGGGAAACAUGUUUCUUCGAUGGAAGUCAAUUGAAGAAACACACCAUGCCUUAUUGUGUUUCGAAGGAGUUGUCACUUGCAAUUGUGUUUCUGCACACGCGAAGGGAGACAAUUUGCAAUUUGUUUAGCAACACCGACGAGAGACCCCUGUUUCGUGUGAGGAUCGCUGUUUGCUUACAUGCCUGUUCUGAGCUGCUAAGGUGCCUGACAUAAAUUACACCCCCACGACCCCGAAUUAUACCCUCAACUGUUCCGUUGGCACGUCAACACCUGAUCAGGAUGGAGGAGCCUCCGCCUCCCUUGUUUACAGCCAGAGUCCAGUUUGCAGCGUGAUGCAGAAGCAGACAGCGGUGCAGUUUCGGGAGGCGAGGGCCGGAGUGAACAGCAGCACGUGCCAGUAUCCUGUUCUCCCUGCUCUUAACUCUAAAGGUUCCAUCUGCAUUGCUCCUGGUACUGCAUAGGAGCCGAGGAAGAAAUCUCAUCACCUGCCGUCACACGCUCCUUUUGGGAGACUGUGGGUGACACUGCUCUGAAAUGUGCAUAGCGUCUCCAGUUCAAGCUGUGUCACCGCAGAGGCCGAGCGGAACCAAACCGCUGGGCUGAUCUGUCUUUCGUAACGUUUUUCUUUUCCCAGUUAUGAUUUGAUUUGACUUAUUGUUUGGCUCAGGGAAGAGGAUGGGCCAAACCUCAGCUAGGAAUAUUGUUUGACCCCAUCUUCACGUGUUCUCCUCUGAUUGAACGCUCUCCGAGGAGAUGAGUAAACAAGUGUCUGCUGCGUUGAAGCUGCACUGUUGUCACCCGAGGUCCGCUGCAGCCUGGAAACAAAACAAGCACAGGCCAGGUUGUUUACCUUUUUUUGACACCGCUGGAAGGAAGCCACUCUGCGGACCUCACCCAUCCCCAAAUUCAUCUAGGAGACCCUUUUUUAUUUUACCCCUUUGUUAGUGUAAAGCCACUUUUAUAGAGGAAAGAAAGUUCUCAAUUACCUCCCUGCAAUCCAUUUUGAGUCAUGAAUGAAAACAAUUGAGGUGUUCUGUGCCAAGAAGGACCCCUCUCUUCACCAGAGAAACAUUGCCAUCUUGAGGACCACGGAGCACCUGCUUCCCUCUCUCACAGUCAUCCCCCUGAUACAUCUCACUCGUCCACACCUGACACCCAGGACAGAGCUGGUAUCACUGUACGACUGCAGUGUAGAACGGGCACCAUGGUGAGUAAGAGAACAAGUGCUGCUCGCCAGGUCUGUGUCGGUGGCGUAGGCAGCAGUGGUAAGUACAAUGUGUGAACACAUGUUUUACAACGACAAAUGCGAAAUGGCACUGGUUUCAAUUCAAAGUCAUUACCGAGGUUAUUUGCCUCUGAUGGCCGCUGGCAUAUGUCCCGGACCAGAGAUAAUAGGAUCAUUUACUGCCCACAGUAACAUGCAUAGUGCUGUUUUGAUUACUGAAAGAAUGAUAGAUGUACCAGGACAAUCAACGCCUUAAUAAUACCCUCUUGCAGAUUUGUUUAUUAUCAAAUUGCUGGUUUAGAAAAAGGCUGAAGUACUUUAGAGGGAAAGAAAGAGUUUGAGUCGAUGAGUUUUUUAAUUUAGAAAACUGCAGUUGUAUGUUUUCAAUUAGAUCCAUGUAAGAAAAUGAUGCACAUUUGGUUGCAGCCUAAUUAGACAUGUAAAUGUAGACCUCACCUUUCAAUUUGUUGAAGAUUUAUUGAGUCACUGAUGGAGACAAAAAACAGCCAGUAACUAGAGGCAAGGUUAUCGUGAUGUGGUGUGAGGACAUUUGGUUUUAUACUCAGUUGAAAAGACUUGAUUGUUUUUCAUAAAAGAGCAAAGAAUCCACAUCAAGCUAUUGUCUCCUCUUUUCAAACUCACAAUUAUCAUCAUCGUUAAGCAACUCCUGGUCCUGCUCAAAUUUACUGAUGAUGCUGAAGUGUUGUUAUCAUAUAGCAGUUAGAGAAGUAUAAUUUAAAGAUUCAGUGUGCGGAAUUUAGCGAUAUUUGUAAUGAAGUUGCAUGUGGUAGCUUGCGGUUCUCAUAAAAACUCAAAAGGUGUUUAGUUUGUCCAGUCUGGUCUACUGUAAAAAACAUGGCAGCCUCGAUAAAGCGGACCCGCUCCCGAUGUUAAAAUAAAGUAAUUCAAUAUAAAAGGUCCAUUUUAGGGUAAAAGACACAAUCCACAAAAUUUAGGUUAAAAACACACAAGUGAAAACAUCACUAGGAAUAUUUUAUAAUCAAUUUCUGUCAAUGAAUCCCUUUCACCUAAAUCUGACACACUGGACCUUUUAGUUCUAAUAACAGAAGAAAAUGGCUUCUGGUAAAGUAUAAUGUUUUGCAUUAGGAGUCUGCAGUCCACAGAUUUUAACCUCCACUUAAUGAAAUGGGUAACGUUCACAUGCGAUCCGCAGACCCCAGGAGAAAGCAUAAAAUACGACCAGCUACCAUUCAAAAUAAACCCUGUAGAAAUGACCAUUAUCAAUAUCUGAUCACUACUGACUGCCACCAUGUCACAGAUAAUCAGUGAUAUAUAACUACAUAUAUAUUUUUACUCAAUUAUGGUCUUUAGGUCUCAAUUAGGUCUGACUCAAUCCAAUGCUAGUGGAGCAGUGUUACGAUGCUUGUUGAGGUGGCAAAUACAGAGAUACAGACAAAUUAAGCAUCUAUCAUUUCACAGGUUAGUCUCUGGUUAGUUGUCUUUAUACACAGGGUUCAAGAGAAAGGAGCAAUAUGGUUAAAAGGAAAUUUUAAAUCAAUAAAUAUUGACAGAUUACAAAUCUGUCAAUUCUAUUCUGGUAGUGCUCAGUGUCUUUACUUUUUUCAAAUGAAGACUUUCACCUAUUAAUCUCUCCAAAAAUGUCUUAUUAUUAAUUUGUGCCAGGGUCAGAAAGACAGUAGGAUUUUGGUUGUUAGCAUUGUACAUCUUUCUCAGUUCAGAACAUCUCAUGUUAUUUCCACAGCCAAGGAGAUUAACAUUGUGAGGCAGGGCAUUGGUCUUCAAACUGUUCACUGACUUCCCAUGGACUAAUUCAUGGAUCAGGCCCAUUUAGGGAACUGAUAUCUAUGAGUGUUUGACAUUUGAGGCAGCUUGACUGAAUUCAAAGGAAAUGAAGGCCUUGGCGGAGGCUUAUGCUCAUACCGAGUGCCAUUCUAGUAUUGACUCACGACUAGUGGGAAAAAUAAAGCUUCAAAAGUCAUAAUUAGGCACAAUGAUGUUCAUCAUCUGUACUGCAGUUCCCUGUAGUAUGAAAAAGUUAGAGGGAUGUUGUUACAUCCAAUCAGAAUAUACAUUUAACUUUGUAAUAACAAACAUUUUUACUGAGUUUUUUUUUUUAAUCAAAACAAUCAAACCAUUGUUUGUGACACUUUCACACUGUUUACUUCUGUUGACAUUAUAACCUUUUUGCAUGUCGCCCAUACAGAUCUCCACUAGAUGGCCGCUGCAUCUGAUAAACACACCUUCAGGUCUCAUCUCCUGUAAGUAACCUUGCUUUAAUUAAUUAAAUUAAAUAACAAAGUGUUUCUGACGUUAGAAAGUUGAUAUUUUCAGAGUAUUGAUAGUAACAAGCCUUUGCUGGGUCCAAGAUAAAAAUGAAUGCCAUAAUAUUCACAAAUAAUUUUGUUUAUUCACUGUAGUAUGUCGUAACAAUGUGUCAAUAAAAUGUGAAAUCCA